GGGCCCGGCUCGGCGCUGCUGCUGCUGGCGCGCUCCGCGGACGCGCUGGCCGAGCUGGCGACCGAGCUGCGCGCCGGGGCCACCGGCAGCGACACCGGCAGCGACACCCGCAGCGACACCCGCAGUGACACCGGCAGUGACACCCGCAGGGACACCGGCAGCGACACCGGCAGCGACACCCGCAGCGACACCCGCAGCGACACCGAGCUGCGGGUGCAGUGCGUGGCCGCUGACCUGGGCUGCGAGCAGGGGCUGCGCAGGGCGGGCGCUGCCCUGCGGGAGCUGCUGCAGGACGCGUCCUUCGGCCGCCUGCUCCUGGUGAACAACGCCGGCUCCUUGGGAGACAUCUCCAAAUCCUUCCUGGACCUCACCGACCUGGAGGAGAUCAACACCUACUUCUCCUUCAACAUCAGCUCGGCGCUGUGCCUGACCUCCACGGCCCUGAGGGCCUUUGGGGCACGGCCUGGCUGCAGCAGGACCGUGGUGAACAUCUCCUCGCUGUGUGCCCUGGAGCCCUUCCCCAGCUGGGCUCUGUACUGCUCCGGGAAGGCUGCCCGGGAUAUGAUGUUCCGUGUGCUGGCGCUGGAGGAGCCCGGGCUCCGUGUGCUCAACUAUGCCCCGGGGCCUCUGGACACGGACAUGCAGCUCCUGGCCCGGACCAGGACUGGGGACCCUGGGCUGCGCCGGCGCUUCCAGAGGCUGCAGGAGCAGGGGCAGCUCAUCGACAGCUCCGUGUCAGCCCAGAAGCUGCUCCGGCUCCUGCAGGAGGAUUCCUUUCCCUCGGGAGCACACGUGGAUUUCUUUGACAUCUGAGCUCCUCCACAGUUCCCUCCCUGCUUUGCUUCCAGCUGAGCCUUUCCCUGGUGCCUCCAGCAGACCUUGUUCAAAUCCCGGGAUUUGGGAAGCUUUAAGGACACCUCUGUGUGCCUUUUGGUGCCCUUUUGGGGCUGGCAGCAGCUCCUGCUGCUGAGCCCCCGCUGCCAGGGGCUGCAGUCCCUCUCUCCCGGGGAUUUGGGGUGGCUGUCCCCAUGGAAUGGCCCUGAAGGCUCAGACUCAGCAGUUUGUGGGAGCCAAAGGCACACGAGGGCUGUGUCCCCGUGUGUGUGUCCCCUUGGUCCCCAGGGAGCCGUCCUGGGGCUGGGCUGCAUUCUGGGCUGGACAGAAAAGCCUCUCCCGGUGCUUUUCCCACAAAACCCACCAGGAGAGGGAGCUGCCUUGGAGGAGCUGGGAAUUUUGGGAGCCUGGCUGGGGUCACCAGCUCGCAGAAACCUGAGCAAAGGUCACAGCAAAGAUGCAGCCCUGAGUUCCUGCCCUGCUCCCCUUGCAGGUUUUGGGUCCAAGCCUUGCUUUGGGGUUUUAGCCCCUUUUAACUAUUUGUGGAAAUUUUUUUUUGUCAUUUUUCCAUCAGAUUCCAGCAGGCACAGACACACAGAGACUUUUCCUUUGGAAAGCUGGUGCAGAAAAGUUGUUUUGAAGCCCUGUGUGCCCUGGAAAUGCCCAGUGCCCCUCUGUGCCCCCUCCACCCCAAUUUUGUCCCCCUGGCUCUCCAUUAAAAUGUUAAAAUCAUUAAAAUCAUGAAGCCUG